AUGGGCUCUGUAUCAAAUUUUGCAAAGACCAUUUUGGUACCUGCAGUAAUUGCUCUAUCGGUCUAUCUCCUUUUCACCGUUCUAAUCAUUCCAUUCUUUCGUCGCUAUCACCAACGCUACUCCCAAUACCUCCCUCUACAUACCAUCUCGGCACACACCGUUUCGCUCCGAGAUCGCGUGGCCGAUGCAGUAAUGCGCUUUUUUCUUCCCUCAUCAUGGCGACGAGGGGCACAUUUAGAUGAUCAUGAGAACAUCGAUAUCGAUGAUGACGAAGGGGAGCUCAUGGUCGGCAUGGGCAUGGAUGCGGCCCGGCGAGAAGCCUUGGACCGCCAUCGCAACACCGUUACAGAUGAUCAAUCUCGGCUCAGUCGAGACUUGGAGGAGGUUUUCAUGGAUGACAGUGAUAAUGAAGGCAGUGAGGGCCGAGACGGUUCGAGAUAUCGACAUUAA